AUGGCCUCUACCGACCCUGCCGGUCCCGCCGACCUCCUCAACAAUGAAGGUGGUAAUCAAGCGGAGCGCAAGGACCAGGAUGAUGCCGCCUUAUUGCGGACAUUGGGCUAUAAGCCGGUUCUUCAUCGGACUUACAAUUUGUUCGAGAAUUUUGCAACCACAUUCGCUGCUCUUUACUUCGUUGGUGGUGUUCGCGUCACUUUCAGUACUGGUAUCGCCGCCGGUGGAAACCUAGCCUAUUGGACUAGUUACCUAGUAACCAUGGUGUUCACCUUCAUCACUGCUGCUGUCAUUGCUGAAGUUUGUUCGGCUUCUCCAUCUGCCGGGUCAAUAUAUUUGUGGGCCGCCGAAGCCGGUGGGCCUAGAUUUGGCCGGCUCCUUGGCUUUGUCGUCGCUUGGUGGAGUACAACGGCGUGGACAACCUUCUGUGCAAGCAACACCCAGGCUGCGACGAACUAUAUGCUUUCGGAAAUAACUGUAUUCAACCUCGACUUCCCCUCAGACACAAGCAGUGUCAAAUUCCGCGCAGUCCAGUGGAUCUGCACUGAGGUUUUGCUUGCUCUAGCCGCCCUGUUGAACUUUUUGCCUCCCCGAUACUUCAGAUAUGUCUUCUGGUGGUCCUCCGCAAUCGUGAUGCUCGACUUCGUCCUGAACCUUAUCUGGCUGCCCAUUGGCACCGCUCAAACCUGGGGAUUCCGUACCACCCACGAGGCCUUUAUGACCACGUACAACGGUACCGGAGCCCCGGCUGGCUGGAACUGGUGUCUUUCAUACCUUGCUACCGCUGGUAUUCUGAUUGGAUUCGAUGCCUCAGGUCAUGUUGCGGAAGAAACCAAGAAUGCCUCUAUCACUGCUGCUCGCGGUAUCUUCUGGAGUACUGUUGCCAGUGGGUUCGGUGGUUUGGCUACGAUCAUUCUCUUUUUGUUCUGCGCGCCCGAUACCGACACACUCAUGAGCUUCGGCUCGCCCCAGCCAUUUGUGCCCCUUUACGCUGUUGUUCUGGGCAAACGCGCCCAUAUCUUCAUGAACAUCAUUUGCAUUUUCGCUUUAUGGCUGAAUACCGCAAUUGCUAUCAUCGCCGCCUCUCGUCUUGUCUUUGCCGUCGCCCGUGAUGGUGUCCUCCCCUUCUCGGGUUGGGUUUCUCGUGUAAACAAUGGCCAGCCACGGAACGCAGUUAUUGUUGUCUGGGCUGUCGCUGCCCUGGUCACUUGCACCCUUCUUCCAUCCGCUACGGCUUUUACUUCUCUCGUCUCGGCAGCCGGUGUCCCCAGCGCCGCUGCUUACGGUCUGAUCUGUUUGGGUCGACUGUUAUGCACUCCAAAGCGGUUCCCGAAGCCGCAGUGGAGUCUCGGCCGCUGGAGUAAGCCGUUCCAGUUUAUUGGUGUCUUCUGGAAUGGCUGGGUUGUCGCUGUCCUGUUCUCGCCCUACGUGUUCCCAGUCACUGGCGAGAACUUGAACUAUGCCCCGAUUAUCAUGGCUGGAGUCACCAUCUUGGCAUUGAUCUCCUACUUCAUGAUGCCUGAGAGCGCCUGGCUUCCUCGGGAACGCAUCACUCACUUCAUUGAUAGCAAGGGUGCUACUGAGACCGUGGAAGAAGUUGGCUAUUCUGACCAUGUAUCCCUGCGGUCAGCCCUACGACCGUGUUUUGGGGCGUCCAUUGCUCGCGCGGGGAAAACUUUCCUCCCGGUGACCUCGGUCACCUCCCCCGAGCCCGUGUCUACCACACCCUACUCAGCUUUGACCGUUGGAGUCCCUCUGGAAAUUUUCCCUGGUGAACGCCGUGUGGCAAUCACCCCGCAGAAUGUCGCCCUUUUGUUGAAAAAGGGAGUUUCCCGCGUGCUCAUCGAACACGGUGCAGGCGAGCGUGCUCAGCUACUGGACAAUGCCUACGAAAAGGCUGGCGCGACAAUGGUCGACCGGGAUGCAGUCUGGUCUCAGAGUGAUAUUGUGUUGAAGGUCCGCAGUCUACAGGCGGAGGGAUCAUUCAAUGAAAUCCAGGCUUUACGCAAAGGCUCGACCGUUAUAUCUUUCAUCUAUCCCCUCCAGAACAAGCCCCUCGUCGAGGCACUCGCGGCUCGUGGUGUGACCUCCUUUGCGAUGGAUCGCAUUCCGCGAAUCUCUCGUGCGCAGACUUUCGAUGCCCUUAGCUCCAUGGCCAAUAUUGCAGGUUACAAGGCGGUCCUGGAAGCUUCCAAUCAUUUUGGUCGCUUCUUGACUGGUCAGGUUACUGCAGCGGGAAAGAUUCCUCCGAGUAAAGUUCUCGUUAUUGGUGCUGGUGUAGCUGGAUUGAGCGCAAUCGCCUCUGCCCGCCGCAUGGGUGCUAUUGUUCGUGGCUUUGAUACCCGCCCUGCUGUGCGCGAGCAAGUCCAGUCUUUAGGUGCCGAGUUCGUCGAGGUUGAUUUCCAGGAAGAUGGCUCUGGGCAAGGCGGAUAUGCCAAAGAAAUGUCCAAGGAAUUUAUCGAAGCUGAAAUGAAACUGUUUAUGGAGCAAGCUAAAGAGGUUGAUAUCAUUAUCACCACAGCCCUGAUCCCCGGCAGACCUGCGCCGAAGCUCAUUACUAAGGAAAUGAUUGCUGCAAUGAAACCCGGCUCUGUUAUUGUUGAUCUUGCUGCUGAGGCAGGUGGAAAUUGCGAAGCUACUGUCCCCGGGGAAUUAAGCACCUACAAGGAUGUUACUAUCAUCGGCUACACCGAUCUUCCUUCGCGUCUACCUACCCAGUCUUCAACGCUGUACUCGAACAACAUCACCAAGUAUCUUCUCUCCAUGGCUCCCCAGGACAAGUCCUUUGGGAUUGACUUCAAAGAUGAAGUUGUGCGCGGUUCUAUCGUGACUCUAAAUGGUGAAAUAAUCCCCCCUGCUGCUCCACCCGCUCCUCCUCCAACCCCAAAGCCAGAGGCACAAGUUAUCGCGGCAAAGGAAGAAGUCGCUUUGACGCCUUGGCAAAAGACAACACGCGAUGUGGCAGUGGUCACAGGUGCAAUGGGUACGACGCUGGCCCUAGGCAAAGCAGCUGGUCCAAUCUUUAUGGGCAACAUGAUGACCUUCGGACUUGCUGGUCUGGUCGGCUAUCGCGCUGUGUGGGGUGUAGCACCUGCGCUCCACUCACCUCUCAUGAGCGUCACUAACGCCAUCUCUGGCAUGGUCGGCAUUGGUGGACUGUUCAUCAUGGGAGGAGGCUAUGUGCCGACUACUAUCCCAGAAUACUUCGGUGCUGCCUCCGUGCUUUUGGCUUUCGUGAAUAUCUCCGGCGGCUUUGUCGUCACAAAGCGCAUGCUGGAUAUGUUCAAGCGUCCAACCGACCCUCCCGAGUACCCAUGGCUGUACGCUGUUCCAGCUUUGGUGUUUGGUGGUGGCUUCAUUGCGGCUGCCAGCACGGGUAUGUCUGGUUUGGUCCAAGCUGGAUAUCUUGUCAGCACAAUGCUGUGCAUGGGCUCAAUCUCUAGUCUGGCAUCGCAGCUGACUGCCCGACGCGGCAACAUUUUCGGUAUCCUGGGAGUAGUCUCCGGUAUUCUGGCCUCACUGGCUGCAGUAGGCUUCUCCCCUGAGACGCUGACGCAGUUCACGGCUGUUGCUGGAACAGGUGCCUUGGUCGGAGGGUUGAUUGGUCGUCGCAUCACACCAACAGGUCUUCCCCAAACUGUCGCUGCUCUCCACUCGGUAGUAGGAUUGGCUGCUGUUCUGACCAGUGCUGGAAGUGUGAUGGCCGAUAUUGGUGACAUCACAACUCUGCACCUGACGACAGCGUACUUGGGUGUUCUGAUCGGUGGUAUCACCUUUACCGGUUCGAUCGUCGCUUUCCUGAAACUGGCUGGGCGCAUGUCUUCCAAGCCGACAAUUCUGCCCGGCCGACACCUUAUCAAUUCGACACUAUUGGGCAGUAACAUUGCAACCAUGGGAGCGUUUAUCACAAUGGCGCCAGGAAGUCCUGCAAUCGCAGCUACCUGUCUAGGAGCAAGCACGAUCCUCAGUUUCCUGAAGGGAUACACCACGACAGCAGCCAUCGGCGGUGCCGACAUGCCCGUCGUCAUCACAGUGUUGAAUGCUUAUUCCGGAUUUGCCCUCGUGGCUGAAGGCCUGAUGCUCGACAAUCCACUUCUCACCAGUGUCGGAUCCCUGAUCGGUGUCAGCGGUUCCAUUCUCUCAUACGUUAUGUGCAUCAACAUGAACCGAUCCCUAGCAAAUGUCCUAUUCGGUGGAAUCGGGACUCCGGCUGCGCAAAGCCAGAAGAAAAUUGAGGGCGAGGUCACACAAACCAGCAUCGAUGACACUGUAGAAUCUCUAUCCAGCGCUGAGAAUGUCAUCAUUGUGGUUGGCUAUGGUAUGGCUGUUGCCAAAGCCCAAUAUGCUCUUUCGGAGAUUGUCGCCCUGCUGCGUGCCCGUGGUGUCAACGUUCGCUUCGCUAUUCACCCUGUUGCUGGCCGAAUGCCCGGUCAGUGCAAUGUGCUACUUGCAGAGGCGUCCGUUCCAUAUGAUAUUGUCUUAGAGAUGGAAGAGAUCAACGAUGACUUCUCUGAUACAGAUGUCACCCUCGUCAUUGGCGCCAAUGAUACCGUUAACCCUAUUGCUAUGGAACCAGACUCGGCCAUCUCCGGCAUGCCUGUCCUCCAUGCAUGGAAGAGUAAGGAGGUUAUCGUUAUGAAGCGGGGGAUGUCUAGCGGAUAUGCGGAUGUUCCAAACCCCAUGUUCUUUAUGCCCGGUACUCGAAUGUUAUUCGGCGAUGCCAAGACCUCUUGCGAUGCCAUCAAAGCUGCCCUGGAGGCGCGGAAGUAG